UCCGCGCAUGCCCAGCGGCGGCGGCCAUCUAGUAGGAGCAGAAGUUUUCGUCAUUGCGCGGUGAGGUUGUUCGUCGGUCGAACCAGGCGAUUUUGGCUACUUAACGGAGGCAGUAAUGGGGGAAAAUACGACGAACAGCAUGCAGAGCAUCGCCGAUUAUCUCGCUCAGUUACUGAAAGAUAAAAAACAACUGGCCGCAUUUCCUAACGUUUUCAUUCAUUUAGAAAGGCUUCUCGACGAAGAAAUAGGGAGGGUCAGAAGUUCAUUAUUCCAGAUAAAUGGAACAAAAAAGGAUCCUCUUAUUCUUCCAGAUCCAGAUGGCCCUAUCAUCACUCUUUCAGAAAAGGUUUAUGUACCUGUUAAAGAUCACCCAGAUUACAAUUUUGUUGGUCGAAUACUUGGUCCGAGAGGUAUGACAGCUAAACAACUAGAACAUGAAACUGGAUGUAAAAUAAUGGUGAGGGGUAAAGGUUCCAUGAGAGAUAAAAAGAAAGAAGAACAAAACAGAGGAAAACCUAACUGGGAACAUUUAAAUGACGAAUUACAUGUUUUAAUCACUGUUGAAGAUACAGCAAAUCGAUCAGCUGUGAAAUUACAGAGAGCUGUUGAAGAAAUUAAAAAACUUCUUAUACCAGUUACUGAAGGGGAAGAUGAAUUAAAAAAGAGGCAGCUAAUGGAAUUGGCCAUUAUAAAUGGAACUUACAGAGAUAGCAGCAAGGCAGAACCACCUCGUCUUAUUGCACCACCAAUGGCUAUUUCAAGUCCUCUUCGUGCACAAGCCACUCCUUUAGGAGCACCGCUAAUAUUAUCUCCUCGUAUACCAGUGCCAACGACAGCAGCUUUAUUAAAUGGAAGUGCACCACCACCUCUUAUCACACCCACUGAGGCUGGGCUACUUUACACAACAUAUGCAGAUUAUCAUCAAUAUGCUGCCUUAGCAUCCCCAUUAUUGGCUGAAUAUCCAACUGAACAUACUGCAACUGGUGCUGUACUAAAGCAGAGAAGACAUUUGAAUUUACGAGAACAUCCCUACCAGAGAGCUGGAUCUCUGUCAUAAUGUAGACCAAGGUUGGUUGCAUGUUGCAUAAUUGUUUGAGUAGUCACUACACACACUUUUUUUUCCUUAAUUGUCUUUGCUUGAGUUAAUUUGAGAUAAGAUUAGAUAUAUAUAUAUAUAUAUCUUUUGUGUAUAUCAUAUUAUAUUUUCUAUUAAAAUAAUGUAGGAAAAAAUUGCCAAGGACUGACUAUUACACUAUAGAUUGUGUUUUUAUCAAAUUUUCAAAUUAUUUUGCAAUAAUGAAAUAGCCUGAUUUUAUUUUUGAUAUUGGUUAUCUUCUAUACUUCGCAAUACAAUGGGAAAGGGUCAGCCUGCCUUACAAUACUAUGUGCCAUUUACAGGUUUAAAAACUUGCCAAAUAUACAGAAACUUUAUUAUUACUGAUAUUAUAUCUUUUUUUCAUACAUAGUUUUAAUAUCAUUUUACAUCUGAAACAGUGUUCAUAGUAGUAAUAAUGCUUAUAAUUCAGUUUUGCAAACUAAAUUUUCCUAUCAUUGGUUUAUAAAUUUUAAAAUAGAAAAUUCUCAUGCUCAACAGUUGCCAAAAAGUGUUGCUCAAUAUAUCAUCUUUCUCCAUAUAUAUAUAUAUAUAAAUAUAUAUUAUAUAAACAUAUAUAAUAUAUAUAUGUAUAAUGAUUAUAAUAAUGUAAUGUAUCUAUAUGUAGUAGCCUUUUGAGAAAAUGUAUAAUAGUUUGUAAAUAUUGAAAUGUUGUACUCUUAAGGCUACAGGUUAAGUCCAAAGAAGUUUCAAGUUGCAAAAUGCAACGCAACCAGAUAUUUAUAAUAUAAAAUUUGCUAAUUGCUGGAAAAAAAGUUGGUUGUGUUGACUAAUUCAGAAGCUUUUCAAUAAAAUAUCAUAGGCAGGUAUAAUAGUUAAAGCCCUGUAAUUUACAAAGGAUGCUUUUUCUGUCAGUGUCUUUCUAUGCUACUGAUAUCUAAUGCUUUCUAGAAAAAAUUUGACCAAAAUAUUUACCAAUUUUAGGUAAAUAUAUAAAUAUAUAUAUAUGUAUUUAAUUUUAAAACAGCUGUGAUUUAUUUUGCAUUUAUGCAUUCUUCGGGAUUAUUAGAAAAAAAAUAAUUAAAAUCUUGUUAACUUAUAUUACCUAAUCAUUUUUAAUAACAAACUGAAAUCCUAGCUUCUGUUUCAGACUAAACUAACAAGUUCUUUUUUUCUCUUGUUCAUAUUUAACCCCAGCCUUCAUCAUACCACCAACACCAACAUGACAGCUGAGGCUACUAACCCACCCGCUGUGAUUCCUACUGAUGCUCGUGUGUCUUAGCUACACCAAGCUGGCCACGCAAAGCAGCCGUUAGUGCUCUCUACCCUUCGUUGCCAAGAUAAACAACUAACUAGAAGGUGGUCAAAUGAAUAGUGGUGUGCUUUACCAGCUGAAAAACUGUGGUAAUGUCAUCAUUUUCUCUGUGGUUUUUUAGGGUAUAAUUUAACUUUUUCCCUACUUGAUAAUAGAAAUAACAGAUGUUCUAAUCUAACCAAUUAUUGUUACUUGGAAGUGGGUAGAAUUCUUAACUAACAUUUAUCUAUGCUGGUGCAAUAAGGCAGCUGCCGUUUUAACAAUUAAAUGUUACAUUUGUUUUUUUUUGUUUGGAACAUUCCAUCAUGCCAAAAUGAAAUGUAUUUGAUAAAUCUAUCAAUAGUUAAAGUAAUUUAAAUUCUCAAGUGAUUUUUGCAAUCUUGUAUAUGUUUAUGGGUUAGAACUAAGCAUGUAAUGUGGUGUGAUGGUAUUUCUGUCAGGGCAGCUCUUGGUACUUAAUGUAAUUUUAAAUUGAUUUCAAAUAAUACUGAUUGUAGCUUUUGAAUCAGUAAAGAAUCAUUUACAAUUCUUAUUUUGCUGCAGUGCAAGUGUGGUCAUAAUUGAAUAAAUACUUAAAUUUGAAAAUGCAAAAUUUGGCUUGUAACUGCAGUUGUAAAACCUCAAUAUUGCUUGUCCAAUUAUUGUUGUUGUAUGCCCUUCACGUUCUACAGGGUGCAAAGUGAUUACAGUUUUUAGAUGUCUCUCAGUUAUUGAAUCUCAGUGUUAGAAUGUUUGUUGUACUUAUUAUUAUUAUUAUAUUAUUAUUAUUAUUAUUAUUAUAUUAUUAUUAUUAUUAUAUUAUUAUUUUUAUGUCAAAUUCCGACAGUCUCUUUGUUGGACUCUAUCUUUUGGUUAUGGAAAUUCUGUUUUUUUCUAAGCCAGCCUUUCUGACAAAUUUAGCACUAUCUGAACAGCAGAUGUGUGCCAUGUUUUUAGUUAAGAUAAAAACCAGUGGCUUGGUCACACUUAACAAUGUGCCCUGGUUAAAUUUUAGUGCCAAAUUUCCAUUAAUAUUUAGACUGUAAGUCAAUAUCCAUUCCAGCUUCAUUUCAUUAUUAAACCUCUGUCAAAAAUGAAAUUGAAUACUCUAUUUUUCAGUGUGUCUACAUAAACUAUUACAGUGACUAUAAUAAUGUUGUUACAUGAACAUGUUGUUUGUGUUAUAUAUAAAUAUAUAUAUAUCGACGAUUGUUAGAAAUGCUGGCUUUUAGGAUAAUUUGGCACUUACUUUUGCCAACAAAUAGAUCUGAUUUAGAGAUGUAGAGAGAAGACAUGGUAUUUUAUCAGCCAUGGACAAGGCAAAAAUGCCAUGUUGUUCUUUGUCUUAUUGGUUGUGCCCAGAGACUCUAACAUAUUAGAGUUUUGCUGUUGUGAUGUUUUGUACUUAAUGCCUGCCACAAAAAAGUUGCAAUGUAUGUAUAAUCGUUUGUUCAUGUAAAGAGAACUCGAAUUGCCGUCCAUAAUACAAACGUGUAAAAAAAACAUUAAAAUUUCAAGACAUCCUCAUCUUUGUUGUAUAAAUCAUAAAUGUGGCAGGCUUUGAAAAUGCUUCCGAACAAAAAAUGUCAAACAGUAUAUUGUUAAAGCAUUACUUCAUGAAUGUACUUAAAACAUUCUGUUCAUGGCAAUAAAGUUUGUUCCCAGUUCUA